CCCUGAUCUGGUUGUGGCCCGACGCCAUGGCGCGAGUCCCCCCGACGGGCCAGUUUCGAUUCCGGGCACCGCAUCAGCCUGCUCAACCCUUUAAAUUUACAAUUUCCGAGUCCUGUGAUCGGAUUAAGGAAGAGUUUCAGUUUUUACAGGCUCAAUACCACAGCCUGAAGCUAGAAUGUGAGAAACUGGCCAGUGAGAAGACCGAGAUGCAGCGGCAUUAUGUCAUGUAUUAUGAGAUGUCCUAUGGGUUGAAUAUAGAAAUGCACAAGCAGGCAGAGAUUGUCAAGAGGCUGAAUGCUAUCUGUGCACAAGUCAUUCCUUUCCUGUCCCAAGAGCACCAGCAACAAGUGGUGCAGGCUGUGGAACGGGCCAAGCAGGUGACCAUGGCAGAACUGAACGCCAUCAUUGGGCAGCAACAACUCCAGGCCCAGCAUUUAUCACAUGGACAUGGCCUGCCUGUGCCUCUGACCCCACACCCUUCAGGGAUACAGCCUCCUGCCAUUCCACCCAUUGGUAGCAGUGCGAGCCUCCUGGCCCUCUCCAGUGCCCUCGGAGGUCAGUCCCACCUUCCAAUUAAAGAUGAGAAGAAGCACCAUGACAAUGAUCACCAAAGAGACAGAGACUCCAUCAAGAGCUCUUCUGUAUCCCCAUCAGCCAGUUUCCGAGGUGCUGAGAAACACAGAAACUCCACGGACUACUCCUCUGAUAGCAAAAAGCAGAAAACUGAAGAAAAGGAAAUUGCAGCUCGUUAUGACAGCGAUGGUGAGAAGAGUGAUGACAACUUGGUGGUUGACGUUUCCAAUGAGGAUCCAUCUUCCCCUCGAGGGAGCCCAGCACAUUCCCCCAGAGAGAAUGGCCUGGACAAGACACGCCUGCUCAAGAAAGAUGCCCCCAUCAGCCCAGCCUCAAUUGCAUCCUCCAGCAGCACUCCUUCCUCCAAAUCCAAAGAACUUAGCCUUAAUGAAAAAUCUACUACUCCUGUUUCAAAGUCCAAUACCCCUACUCCACGAACCGAUGCACCCACCCCAGGCAGCAAUUCCACUCCUGGACUGAGGCCUGUACCUGGGAAACCACCAGGUGUCGACCCUUUGGCUUCAAGCCUGAGGACCCCAAUGGCAGUCCCUUGUCCGUACCCAGCCCCGUUUGGGAUCGUGCCCCAUGCUGGCAUGAACGGGGAGCUGACCAGCCCUGGAGCCGCCUACGCAGGGCUGCACAACAUCUCCCCGCAGAUGAGCGCGGCCGCCGCCGCCGCCGCCGCGGCCGCCGCCUAUGGGAGGUCACCGGUGGUUGGAUUUGAUCCGCACCAUCACAUGCGCGUGCCAGCAAUCCCUCCAAACCUGACAGGCAUUCCAGGAGGAAAACCUGCAUACUCCUUCCACGUGACGGCCGAUGGGCAGAUGCAGCCUGUCCCUUUCCCCCCCGACGCCCUCAUCGGACCCGGCAUCCCCCGGCACGCUCGCCAGAUCAACACCCUGAACCACGGGGAGGUGGUGUGCGCAGUGACCAUCAGCAACCCCACGAGACACGUGUACACGGGCGGAAAGGGCUGCGUUAAGGUCUGGGACAUCAGCCACCCCGGCAACAAGAGCCCUGUCUCGCAGCUCGACUGUCUGAACAGGGAUAACUACAUCCGUUCCUGCCGAUUGCUCCCCGAUGGCCGAACCCUAAUUGUGGGAGGGGAAGCCAGCACUCUGUCCAUCUGGGACCUCGCCGCGCCAACCCCGCGCAUCAAGGCGGAGCUGACAUCCUCGGCCCCCGCCUGCUACGCCCUGGCCAUCAGCCCCGACUCCAAGGUCUGCUUCUCCUGCUGCAGCGACGGCAACAUCGCCGUGUGGGACCUGCACAACCAGACGCUGGUGAGGCAAUUCCAGGGCCACACAGACGGGGCCAGCUGUAUUGACAUUUCUAAUGAUGGCACCAAGCUCUGGACGGGCGGCCUGGACAACACGGUCCGAUCGUGGGACCUGCGCGAGGGGCGGCAGCUGCAGCAGCACGACUUCACCUCGCAGAUCUUUUCUCUGGGCUACUGCCCGACUGGAGAGUGGCUUGCAGUGGGGAUGGAGAACAGUAAUGUGGAGGUGCUCCAUGUCACCAAGCCAGACAAGUACCAGCUCCAUCUGCACGAGAGCUGCGUGCUCUCGCUCAAGUUCGCCCAUUGCGGCAAAUGGUUUGUGAGCACUGGGAAGGACAACCUUCUGAACGCCUGGCGAACGCCGUAUGGAGCCAGCAUAUUCCAGUCCAAAGAAUCCUCAUCGGUGCUUAGCUGUGACAUCUCUGUGGAUGACAAAUACAUUGUCACUGGCUCUGGGGAUAAGAAGGCCACAGUUUACGAAGUUAUUUAUUAAGGACAAAUCUUCAUGCGAACUGGACUCCUCCUCCUUGUAGCACUUUGUCCUGUCAUCCCCGCCCCAAUGCGCUCCCCCAUCUAAAACCAAGGAUUUCAAAUACUCUUCGCAGUUGUGGCAUUGAAUCCCCCUGCCCCCCUUGCUAUUGAAUUGUGAAUACUCAUUAAGAACCUGUGAUACCAAAUCUUCAGCUCUCUACUUGGAAGAACGUGGAAUAACCAUACCUAACAGUGAACGGAAUCUUUAUGUAUUAUAUCUGUAAUAUAUUUAUUUUGUUUAAAGAAGGCUUUCUAACAAUGACUGACUAAUAAAGCUGUCUGCUCCUGCAUUGGUAAUGAAGAUGCAUUGUAUUUGAUACCCCUUCCCCCCUUUUUUUGGCAAAGGAGGGCAAAGGAAGGUUUAAAAUAAUCGAUAAAAAUGUCACUAAAUGUAGACUAAUGACUGUAUAGAGAUGUGAAAUGUAUAAUUACAUAUUGAAGCAAUAUGUUGCUGUGUUGUUAGGUUUAUUUUGUUUUUGUUUUCUACUUAUUUUCAAGAUGUUUGAAAAUUUGAACAGUUAGACAAUGACAGGCCACAUCCUAUUCAUUCGCGUCUAUUUGGACAACUUUAACCAGUAUAUCUAUAGCUUUAGAUUAUAUUCGAUAAAAGUAAUUGGACUUCUUUUUUGUUUCUUUUUUCUUUUUUUGACUUGUUGACAAGUGUCUUUGUAAUAUGUUUUUAAUUCCUUUUUUAUUGUAUUAUAGACAGAUGAACAAGUUAAAUUUGGCCUCAAAGAGAGAACUUAAUCCCUCUGGAUAUUUUUGCCACAUUUCUUUGCAAAGGGAGAUGUUUAUCUUUGGGCAGUUUUGUCAUUAGGAGAGAUUAUGGGCUAUUUUUUGGCAUGUUCUUCUCAAACUGCACAGAUGCCUCCCGCUGUGCAAGUCACGUCUUUUACAAAACAAGGACAGCAGAGAAGGAUUUGCGAGGACCUCCCGCUGAGCCCCAGAAAGAAUGGACUCUCACCUGGGGUGAGGACUUGCUCUCCUUACCUCCAGCUCUUUCCAUGUCUUAGUUGGAUGUUCCCGAAAUGGACACAGGCUGUGCCAUUGUGCCAGAAACAUUGUGUUACCUUUUAUGUUGUCGUUGUUGCUGUUAAACUAUGAUAUGUGACCCCUUUUUUUAUUAUUAUUUUUUUGUUUGAAUGCUUUAAAAACCUUUUAAGUCUGUGGAUCUGCUGAUGUACAGUGCCUUUGCUGCUAUGGAUCAAAAUCAAGAGAACCGUGUAGAUAAACUUUAUUGUAUACGUAGAAAAUUACUUAAUUUCAUACUAGAAAUGGAUGGAUGCUGCAAGUUGAAAUGGGCUGUCCAUUGACGUUCCUAAUGUGGUAGCAGAAAAAAAAAAAUGGUGUCUUAAGUGCUUAGUGUUUGAUGUCAUUAACAGUUUCGUAAAACUCUACAGUGUAGAAAGAUUUUGAUACUAAACUGUGCAUUGUACAUAGUUUUAAUGCAUUGUAUUGACCACCAGUACUUCUAUGAUGGUAGAUUGUUUGUGCAUUCAGACUUUUAAGCAUUAAACAUAAAUAACUUCUAG